UAAGGUAACAGAAAUCACCAGCACUCACCAUGGGCACUGACGAUCUGGGGAACAAUGAGGAAGAAGAGGAGGACCCCGAGCUGUUAGACAGGAGGGCAAGGAAUGGGAUCCCACCACUGGAGGACAUGAAGGGCACCUGGUGUGACAGUGAGAGCCACCAGCCGGCUGACAUCAUGGAAGAAGGGGACAACCCCUUCACUCCUGACUGUCCCCAACCUGGGGACCACCAAGAGAGGUCCUGCUGUGUCCGACUGAUAGUGACUGAUGAACAGACUGGAAAGAAGAAGUGUAAGUGCCCAGGUCUCGGCAUUUUCUACACUAUCCUGUCUACCUUUUUCUUCUCAUCUAGCGCUCUACUAGUGAAGAAAAUAGAAGGCUUGCACUCAGUUGAAAUCAGUGCAAUUCGCUGUGUUUUCCAGAUGCUUUUUGUUCUCCCCGGUUUGGUUUAUUACAAGGUUGGUUUUCUGGGACCUAAAGAUCAGCGGAUUUUUCUUUUUCUGCGAGGAUUUCUUGGCUCCAGUGCAAUGAUCUUGCUCUAUUAUGCUGUUCAGUCAAUGCCUCUUGCCGAUGCCACUGUGAUUACCUUCAGUAGCCCAGCCUUCACUUGCAUUUUUGCCUGCCUCUUACUCAAGGAGAAAUGCACUGUGUGGGAUAUUAUUUUCAUUUUAUUUACAAUUACAGGAGUUGUACUCAUAGCAAGGCCUCCGUUUUUAUUUGGAGCACGCAUUGAAGGCCUUGAGGAGGAUUACUCAGACCAUUUGAAGGGUACAAUAGCAGCUAUUUGCAGUGCUGUGGGAGCUUCAUUAACCCUGGUUGUCCUGAGAAAAAUGGGAAAGUCUGUACAUUAUCUGCUCUCAAUUUGGUAUUAUGCCAUUAUUGGUCUCAUUGAGUGUGUAAUUGCCCUCUUCGCACUUGGAGAAUGGAGAUUACCUUCUUGUGGACUAGACCGAUUUCUCCUAAUUUGUAUAGGCCUUUUAGGCUUGGGAGGGCAAGCCUUCCUUGUAAAAGCUCUACAAAUUGAGAAGGCCGGGCCUGUGUCUAUCAUGAGAACGAUGGAUGUAGUUUUUGCGUUCAUAUUCCAAGCUUUAUUUCUUAACCAUACUCCAACGCUGUUGACAGUGGGAGGAGCUUUGUGUAUUGUUGCAAGCACAGCAGGAACUGCUAUUUUAAAGUGGUACAAUAGCUCAAAAAAAGCAAAACAAAGCCAAUUGUAACCAAUAUAUGUCAUGGAUUGAGGAGGGCCACAUUGUCCUCGCUAUCUUCUAUUUAUAUAUUUUUUUUUGUGUUAACUGUCGAGAAACAAUGUGUACUUUUUAAGUGCACUUUGUUAAGUGACGUUUAGAUGGUAAUUCUGUUUGGGUGCACACCCUUAUAUAAUGUGCUGCACACGCCUCUACAAGGCAACCAAAUGCGUUUAGUACUUCUACGAUAAUAAAGAUUACUACAUGUUUUUAUAAUA